AGCUGAAAAUCGCGUAUUAAAAACAUACGAAGAGAACGAGAAGACGAUUCGGCAAUCUUGUCUCUUGUAUCAUCGGUUGUAAACACUACUGCAAGAGGCAAAUGCUGUUCCUGAAUAGAACAAAUGAAAGGAUUUAUAAAACAGGCAGAGUUCACAAAUUGGGAGAGAAUAAUAAAUAGAACUAAUCAACAGACUGAAGUUAGAACGGAAUAGGUUUGUGAGGAGGAAAAAUGUCUUCUUGGAGGUCAAGAUUUCGAAAAACUAAAACGCCGGACUCACAUGAGACAAAAACAGCAAAUAGUUAUACAAAAACAUCAGAUGACGCAGACCAUCAUAAAAAACGACGGAGCAGAUUUCUCCGACGCUCGAAGCAUGAAGACGAUUUUGAAGAACGGCCUAGACCAAGAUCGCUUUACGUCGAACGAAAAACCGAGGAUUUAGUGGGAGUGGAUAAUUUGACAGCGAGUUCACGUAACCUGGCUCAUACUCCAACGGUUCAAGAGAUUCUGGACAGGAAUAGAAGGGAAAGAUCUUCAUCUAAGAGUCCUAGACCAUGGAGGAAAUUUCUUACAGGAGAAAGAUCGGACAGGUCGCCGGGUGGAACGAGAAAACCAGAAAUAAAUGACGAUUAUGUGAAUUUAAACAAAAAUGGCGAUACCAAUCAUAACUAUACAACAAAAUAUGGAACGAGUGAUGCUAUUCGACAGUCUUAUUCAUACGAUGAUGGAGGAAGGUAUUCGAAAUAUCGAGGGGAGCAGAAAAGCUCCGGAAGUGAGAGAAAGAACAGCAGAUGGAAAAACGAAAUCUCAUCUCAAAAAGACGACGCAUCGGUGAAGUCAGAGUCAGAAAAAAGUUCUGGAAAGGGGCAAAGUGAAAGCUCGAGAUCUGCCAGCCCGUAUGACAAUGUAGAUUGGAAUACAGGGACAGAUUCUCAGCGACCAAAACGUCAAGAGAGGCGAGAUUAUAGCGAGACAUCGUCAGUAGCAGAUCGGCAAACGACCCCCCAACGCUGGCGGAGAGAAAGGCUGCGGAAAAAUGACUCACAAGAAACAGUGAAUUCAGAGAAGAGCUCGAAAGAAAGUUCUACUCUGAGAAAACCAAGAGCCUUAUACCCAACUGAUAAUGACGAGGCAUUUCAAAGUCGUCGGAAUCAAGGUGACACAGUGAAGUCAUUCAACAGUCCAAGGAAUAGGAGAAAACAUAGUAGCGGAAGGGAGUCACAAGAUGGAUUCGAGAAUGAUAGGUCAACACGAGGCCAGCGAGUAAAUAGAUCACUUGGGCAGAGUAGCUAUGGGCGGCGAAGUUCAGAAAACAUAUUAGGGGCCGCUUUGAACUAUAUCGAGAGAAGAAUUUCAGUUGAUUCAACACACUCUAACUCAAGCAAACAUGAUGGAAGUAGCGAUAGUUUGGAUAACUCAGGUAGUCGGAGGCGACGUUACAUGGACCUGCAAGCUGAAAGAUCAAUGGAGAAUAUUUCCACGCGUGAAUCGCGUAACAGAAAAAUUGAGGUGAGAAGAGAGUCAUAUGACAACAACGAAGAGCCAAGCAGAAGAUAUUACAAGUCAUCUUCCAGGACAGCAGCCAGAGGAUCGGAUUCUAGCCAAUCAAAUGCGUCAAGUAAGAGGGAUGCAUAUACAAGACCAAGACCUAAAUCACUUUACGAUUACAGCAGUACGAUCGAAUUCUCAGAUACUGUUGCAAAAUACAAAGGAGGUUCACAAAACGAUGAAAACUACCAAAACACUUAUUCCGUAUGGGAAAAAUACAAGCCUCGCAGUGCUUACUCGUCUCAAACGAAGCAGCUCUUGACUGAUAGCACUAAUGACGAGAAAGAGGCCAUGGGGGUUACAAGGAGGCCAAAUACGUUAUUCAUGGCUAGUGAGGAUAAAAAGGACACGACUUACAGAGGUAACUGGUCUGCAAAGGUACCACAGCGACCGGCCCAUCUGAGGGACUUCUCUAAACCUGAGGAAACUGAAAGCGGCUAUAGCUGGCGACGAAAGAAGAGCGAGGAUAGCGAAGCCGGGAAAAAGAGCGAAAAAGAGGUUCUGGAUGAUAGAGAGGGUGCAAGUGAUAAAAAGAGUGACAGAGUUAGCUACAGACGCAGAGAAAGCCAGCAACAGACCAAUUAUGCGAAGGAUGACGUCACGAAAGAUAAAAGAAAAGCAAGCAUACCUUCUUUCGAGUUCACAGUUUCUGAACCAAAGGAUGAGACAAAUAUUACCCACAGCAAUACUUCAAACGACAUCUUAUCUUCGAAGUCUAGCCUUGAUAUUGCUGUGGUCGAUGAAGAUAAUCUUACUGAGAAAAACAGCCUUCUAGCAAGUGAAAACACAGUUGUGCGGAGGAGGAAAAAAGAGCAUGCGCCCCCAGCCAGACCGUCUUCUAUUUACAUGGGUAAAGGAAACCGAGACGAGAGCGAAGAAGAAUCGAAAAAACCAAAGAGUUAUAAAAAAGUCGAUGAUGAUGAUGAUGAUUAUGGUUCUAGCUACAGGUCUAAAAAUUCGAACAUCAACUUAGAUUCUGAAGACAUCAAAGCUGGGCUUAGAAGAAAAUCUGCCGUUGAAAGGCGACUAAAAAGUAAAUAUACGAAAGAACGGCCUAAGUCGGUGCACCUCGCUGAUGUUUUCGCAGUGUCCGGUGCUGACAACAGACAUUCGAGCUAUUUGCCAUCCGCGAGCAAAUCUUACGAUCCAUUACGAGAUACUGUUGAUGAAGUGAAACGUGAAUUCGAAAAACUUCUGCGGAGGACUUCAAACUGGAAGCUGCGAACUGAGUCACUCACUUCAAAAUCAAGCUUUCUGUCAAACAGCUAUCGUAGUUUGAACAGAGCGAUAACUGGUAUCAGAGAUGAAUCUGACAGCGUGUGUGCAAUUUUUGAUAACAUCGGAGAAAGGCUAUCUGUGAACGAUUCUGUAGGGUAUCCUGAUACAGAAGACGAAUGGAGGCGCGCCUUCGAAGGGGAGACCCUGCUUGCAAAAGCAACGAAGCUUCUUGAUUACCAAAAGCGCAAUCCAAAACCAGACUUUGAGUAUUCUGAAAGCGAAAGCGAGCCAGAAACACCAGGCAAGCCGUACUACGGUAUGCCAGGUGGUAUCCCAUGGUUCUCUUCGUCAAGGCGCAGCAGUCGACUGAGCAGCACCAGUGACACCAGUAGCUACAUUGCCAGGCAAUCUGACGAUUUUAUCAACGGAAACAGCCGAAGCUAUUCGUCAUACAGACCUUCACUUGAUGUUAUGAGCAGCUUGGAUGUAUCAAGCAAUACGAGGCAUUCUCCUUCGACGAUUUCCGAUGGCUAUUCCAGACGCAGGCGACAAGAGGGUACAGGACUUGACUACCGUCGAAGCAGUGGCACAUUUAGUAACACAUCAAUAUCAGGGCGUAUGAUCCCAGAAACAGCUGUAUGAUUGCGUCUCGAAUAGAAAAGAUGGUAUACCAGGCUGGAAAGCAAAGAUCAAUAAUACUGUUACGAUAAUGUACUGUAUUCCAGUCCUAUAGUAAAGAAUGCGAAUUGUGCUAUAUAGCUUUAGAAAUAUCACCCUUAUUUCCUUCCCGGUCGAAUCAGAGGUUUAGGCCCUCUAUACCAAUGACUAGGGUUAUAUUUCACUCUUCCUCGCACGCAAAGGACAGUCACGCCCCCCUACAAAAUAGAUAAUUGUAGCGAAUCAUGUUUCUAGCGCCUAAGUCUAGAGGAGGAAACAUCGACUGGAGGCCAGAAUAACUUUUAUUGAUUCCUUUCCAAUUUAUAAGAGCUGGCCCACGAUCCCUCGAGCCUCUAUUGAUAACCUUGUUAUAGAUUUACCUUAUUGCUUGAAUUCGACCAAACUGACAAAAACCGAAAAAGUUAUGUAACGGGUUAAACCCUGAUUAAUUCGUAAAAGGAAGCUUACGUUAGUGAUAAUUCAAGGUAGUUUCCAUGAAAAAUGUUGGUCUGUUACGAUGUUGGUAAGUACUUAGGGUAGAUAAAGAACAUGUUAUCCUCCAUUUGCAAAACAAAUUUAAACCUUUUCAAUCUGAUACACAAGUUAACAGUUUUAAACAUCAUUGGUUAACGUCGUUUAUUCUGCAAUGAAAAAAAUAAUAACAAAACGCAACUUAAAGUGUAUUUCCUUAAAAUAUUCGUUUGAUAUUGAAUGUUUGAUACAUCUCAUUUUUUAUAAGAUCUGAAGCGUUUGAAUAAUUAGUUUUUUACUUAGCUCUAAGCGGCAGAAUGUGUGUUGUCUUUUGAGAUUAUUUGUAAAAUGUUGUGAAAGCAUGUAGCGACUCUGUUUCAAUGA